AUGGCCGCCAGCAACUCCGACUAUGAGCUCUUGACGGAGCAUUUUAGCUAUCCCCCCGUCUCCCUCCUCGACGACAUCAUAAACACCGUCAACGUCCUCGCCGACCGCGCCCUCGACUCCGUCGAACGCCUCCUCCUCUCCAUCCCCCCUCACAAACUCGGCUUCAAGAGACCCAAACAGCAGUCAGACCAGCCCCAGUCCCAAACCCCCGAAGAGGCCGCCAAGCUCGAAAUCGAAAACGGCACCCACCAGCUCGAGACGCUGCUCAACGCCUCCAUCGACAAAAACUUUGACAUCUUUGAGCUCUACGUCAUGCAGAACAUCAUCACCGUCCGGCCGCAGGACCAGCCGUACAUGCGCCUCUCGCACUACCGCGGCCUCGAAUUUCCCGACAGCGGCGACGCCUCCGCGCCGCAGCAGGCCGACAGGCCGUCUCCCGAAUCCAUCACCGCGCUCCGCAGACGGCUCCAAGCGAGCCAGAAACUCAACGCCGUCCUCGAGGCCGAAAAGGCCCGCAACGACGCCCUCCUCCGAUCCCUGCGAUCCCUCCUCGGCAUCGCCCCCCGGUCCGACAAAGCCACCAAGACGGAAGUCGUCGUCGAGCACGAAACAACACCCUCCACAGCCUCAAACGGCGCGGCGCCGACGACGACAUCAGCAGCAGCAACGCCCAGUCCAUUCACCUUCUUGCGCGAUAGAGGCGGACUUGAAGAGAGCGGCGGCAAGCAGCCCAUCACCACGACGGCCGAGUUUACGCUUUCGCAGCUGCAGGCGUUGCGCGCGCUGUCGGGAUCGCUGAGGCAGCUGCUGCCCGAGCUUUCCCUACCAACAGCAGGCGAUGAUGCGGCAUCUUCUUCACAGUCAUCAUCAUCGCCGCCAGCAGCAGCGAGAUGGAGACGAGAACGCGCAGAGUACAUUGAGUCGUCGACGAGAAAGUACCUCGAGACGGUGGUGGGGCUGGAGCUUGGGCCGGAGGGCGCCGUCCGCGACGGCGAGUGGCAGGGCGAGGGGCCGGGACUGAGUAAGGGCGAGGUGGAAGGGCUGGAGAAGGUGGCGGCCAUGCUGGGAGGAGGAGGAGGAGGA